UCUGGUCGGUGAGCUAUGGAUCGCAGCAGAUCAUCGGAGAGAGUUUCCAGAGAAAAACACGAGAAGAAGAAAAAACGGAGACGAUCUUCCUCCUCUUCUUCUUCCUCCACAUCAUCAUCAUCAUCGGCUUCCUCGUCCAGCAGCAGAGGCAGAAAGAAGACAUCGCGCAGGCGUAAAGAUGAGAAAACACAAGUGAAGCGCAGAAGGCACUCGUCCUCUUCUUCAUUUUCUUCUUCUUCGUCUUCCUCCUCCUCCUCGUCAUGUGACCAGAAGACAAAGAAGAGCAAAGCCAAGAAGAAGAAGAAGAAGCUGAAGGAGAAGAAGAAGAAGGCGAAGUUGAAGAAGCAAAGGUUGAAGGAGAAGAAGAAUGUUGAAGAAGAGAAAGGAGAAGAAGCUGAAGAAGGACGGAGGUUGAAGCUGCGUCCAGCAGAGAAACCUCCAUCCUACCUGGAGAUGUGGCAAACUGAGGAGGGGGCUGUGGAGCUCGGACCUGUCAUGACAGAUGAGCAGAAGGCUCGGCUGUCCACUAAGAGGCCCCUCACCAAAGAGGAGUAUGAAGCCAGGCAGAGCGUGAUCCGUAAGGUGGUGGACCCUGAAACGGGGAGGACGAGACUGGUGAGAGGAGAGGGAGAGAUCAUAGAGGAGAUAGUCAGCCGGGAGAAACACAAAGCGAUCAACAAGCAAGCUACAAAGGGAGACGGGGACGCUUUUCAGAGAAAAUUGGGAAUCAACAGGUAGAAGAUAACAUCCCGUUCAGCUUUCUCAACCUGAGUACACCUUCACUAAACCGAAAUGACAGACUGCUGAAAGUAACAAAUAUUGAACAAAAUGUAUUUCUAGGGUGCAUUUUAUAUCAGAUGCCAAUGAUGCAAAAAUAAUACUGUGAUGGUCUCUUGAGGUACACAAGGUAGAAGUCAUUAUGUUGUUGUUUUUGUCAUCUUACAUCUGUGCUGAUCAGACUGAUGUGCAUUGCUGUGCAGAACACUCACAUGUGAGACUGGAUGUAAACAAUAAUGGUGCCCCUCCCCCCCCCGAGCCGAGCUGUAAUGGUUGGCAGAUGUAGUUGAGUAGACAGAAAAUUGUGCCUACAUGAAACUGCUGACAAGGAUGUUAUUUGUAUCCUGUUUUUG